AUGGAAACGAUCAUUUACUUUUUGAAAUUCAAACGGGAGAUCCCAGUUUACCUUCACCUUUAUAAUGCAUGAUUAUUCCCCAGGAAAAUGAACAUACACACACAUACAUGCACACAUACAUAUGCAUAUAUAUAUAUAUAUACAUAUACGUACAUAUACAUAUAUACAUAUGUACAUCAUACAUACAUACCUACAUGCAUAUAUAUAUAUAUACAUGCAUACAUACGUACAUAUAUACAUACAUAAAUACGUACGUACAUACAUACAUGCACACAUACAUACACACAUACAUACAUACAUACAUACAUCUAUAUAUACGUACAUACACACACACAUACAUACGUACAUACAUACAUACAUACAUACAUACAUACGUACAAACACACAUACAUACAUACAUAUAUAUAUAUAUAUAUAUAUAUACAUAGCCAACACAGUCGCUCAUCCGUGCAUUAUAGGUAGCAAUGGUCAAAGUGGCAUCAUUUAU